UUCUCGCUUUCCACCAAUCUUAUUCCAACUUUUUUUUUCUUUAUUUCCAUCAAUAACUACCGACACCACACUUUUCAAUAUGACUCCCUUUACUGUCUUACCAGCUACUUGCGAACUUUGUGGAAACUGGCUUCCUCAGCAUCAGUCUUCCUGUCCAAGAAAUGGCGUUCAUCCAUCGCAGUGGACAGCCUCUCGAUUUAACGACGAUCCAGUAACGGAAACUAUGCGAUACCCAUCAAGCUUACACGAUGUCCAUGACGACGAUAGCUGCCAUACCUACUAUUCCGAUGAUUUCUCAUUUUUGACACCUGAUUCUGAAUCUGAAAAUCAUCGUAUUUCCCUUUCAGCACCUUACCUAUCAUGAAAGCCGGUCUCUCCUCUCUAUACAAGAUGCCCCUCCUCUAUCUUUUGAUACCCCUCCGUUUUGGUUCUCAUGGGAUUUAGCUAUUCAUUAUUUUCUUUAUGGUGAAAUGUAUCCAGUAUGAUGCUCUUUUUUUUUGGUCCCUUCUUCCACCAGUCCCCGCAUUUCCCUUGUCAUCCCACACGAGCCAAUACGGAAUCGUUUUUUGUGUUUUGUUUCUUAUGCCGAUUUGCUGGCCAUCGGUCUUUUUGCUUUUUUCCAUAAGCCAUAUCUUGUCGUCUCUUUUUUUUUUUCAUAAUAUAUAAACGGCAUACAUACAAGUUUAUAUACGAGUGAUAAAGGGGGAACCCCAUCUUUUUUUCUUUUUGGUGUGAUGGAAUGAUUUGCAGUGACUGAAU